AUGCCAUUCCCAAUAAACAUCUGCCAGAGGCACCCCCGCUACGCCGUCACCCUCCUCGCCCUCAUCGUCACCACCUUCGUCUUCCUCUCCCCCCACGACGCUUUCCACUCCGUCCCCGCUCCCGUUUCAUAUGUCGUCCCCGCACCCGACCUACCUGCACGCAUACUCCGCUCAGAGAACUCCUAUCAGCGUAUGCUUGACCAGCGCCAGGACAUGAUCAAAAAAUUUGGCCCGAGUCCAUCUCAGGUCGUCAUGUUCCCGCCAGACCAAGAACCAUGGCCUGCGUAUACCGUCUGGGACUUCUUUCCACCAGUCUUUAACUGUCCCCAUGAAGCCGAACGGAUAGGUGCCCUCGGCGACGGGGGCAAGUGGGUUUGCGGACUUUCUCGGAUCGCUGAGAAACCGGAUUGUGUGGUCUAUUCCUUUGGCAUCGACUGGGACUCUUCGUUCGAGGCUGAAGUGCUCACGCGUACACGACAUUGCGAGAUCUGGGGCUACGACUCUGUUGAAACCGGAUUUGGUUCGCAGAUCCCCCGUGCACAGCGGCAUCGCACCCACUUCUCUCGGGUUGGUCUUGCCGCGGCUGACUCGCACGGCUUUAACGACGAACCGAAGCUCUGGACACUCAAGAGCCUCAUGAAGGCGAACGGUCAUACGCACAUUGACAUCCUGCACAUCGACAUUGAGGGGUACGAGUUCGAGGUGAUGCGCGCUCUCGCGCACGACUUCGUCUCUGACCCGAGCGCGCCUGGCACUCCCGGUGUGUUGCCGUUUGGCCAGCUGAUCAUCGAGAUGCAUGUCUGGCACCAGCGUUUCACGGACUUCCUCGCGUGGUGGCAGAUGCUCGAGGGCGCGGGCCUCCGACCGUUCAUGGCCGAAGUGAACUUGGUGUACGCAAACUACAAUAGGCAGAGCGGAGUCGAGCUUGCGGAUUAUUCUUUCAUCAACAUCGCGGGCGAUAACAUCUUCAUCGUGGACCCGUCCUCCACUGGUGCAGGCAUAGUUGCACACCCCGCCUAUACGUUAGAUGACGCGCGGGACGCGGAUGAUGAGCCGGACGUGCGGACGAUCCGGCACGCGGUCGUGUAG